GGAAGCAGGAGGAGGAAGCAGCAGGAGGAGGAGGAAGCAGCAGGAGGAAGCUGCAGCAGGAGGAGGAGGAAGCAUCGGCGCGGCCGCGAGGGUCGCCGCGCAUGGGGCCUUCGGCGGGUUCUCGCGGGGGGAUGAGCGCCGUGGCGGCCUCGGCUCUCCGCCCAUGGAUAAACUGACGGCCGUGGCGGGCUGUCUCUUCGUCGCCGCUGAUGUCUUCGCCGUCGUGAGCCUCGUCAACCCCGACUGGAUCAACACGGGCAGCACCCCAGACGCCUUCACCAUCGGGCUGGCGCGCCAGUGCCAGACGAUCCGCGGGCGCGAGCGAGCGUGCACGCCGCCCCGGCUGCCCGCCGAGUGGCUGCUGGCGCUGCUGAUGAUGGUGUGCGGCGUGGCGCUGCUCACGGCCGCCUGUGCCCUGCUGCUGCUGUCACGCUGGCGCCGCGACCUCUUGGUGCACGCCCGGUGGAUCGCCUUCGCCGCCAUGGUCCUCUUCUGCAUUGCGGCCCUCAUCUUCCCCGUGGGCUUCUACGUGGAGGAGGUCGGAGGCCAGCCCUACAAGCUUCCCAACAACGCCCAGGUGGGCUCUUCCUACGUGCUCUUCAUCGUCUCCAUCUUCUUCACCAUCGUGGGCCUGCUGUUUGCCGGGAAGGUGUGCCUGCCGGGGUGACGCGCGGGGCUGCUCCGGCCUACGCCUGCAACCACCCUGCACCCUUCCCUCCCAUCCUGCCGCGCGCCCGCCGGGACGUGCGAGGCCACAGCUUCGCCCUUCCCGCACGGGGCGAGGAGAGCGGCUGCGGGCGGCGGUUUUACGCGGAACUCUCCGGGCAAAGUAAUAAAAAGGACCUAACGCCCGCCAAGGCGAGCGUCGCGAUCUCCACCCCCCCGGAGUGGCUACCGUUCCCUGCAGCCUCCGGCGAGACUCAAGAAUAAAAGGCUCGCGCUCAGAGCCAGUUGCAAAGCAGAAGUGGGGGGAGAGGGUGGGUAAAAGGACAGGCGCUCCGUGUCGCUCCAAAGGAAACCCCCGCCCAGAAUCUUAUUUUAUAUUUAUGUAGCGCCUUGUGCAAGGUGCUUAAGAGGGAAUUAGAAAUGUGUACAGUCGAAUGCGUGUGCGGUAUGUGUGUUGAACUUCUUUCGCACCGUACGUAGGCAACCGCGCUAAUCGGAGGUGUGCGGGAAUAGUGUGAUGAGUUGACGCGUUGAAGGAUGGUGAGUAGCUUGAUGAAAGUGACAGUGACACAAACGACGAUGAACGCGACAGUGAGUGGUUGAUGAUGAUGAGUGAGUGUGAUAGAUGGGUAGGGACGUUGGGAAGAGGGAUGGAGUUGGUGAUGGGGAAGGGGAGUUGGGGUAAGGAGGGGAAAAUCAGUGAGUGCGUUUUAUGGGAAGACUGGUGGUGGUGGUGAGGAUUUAAGAAAUGUGGCACCGCUGUUGUAACUGCCACGACCCAGAAGAUGAAAGUGAACCAGAGACCUCUGGAUUGCAAGUCCAGGACGCUGCUGACCGUCGCUGCUGACCGUCGCACCGCUGUGGCCACGUUGACACCAGUGAGGCUCAGUGCCUUUCCUAAAUCCUCAUCACCACCGCAGCGUCUGUCCAUCCGGCAGCGUUCAAUGGGUUCCGCCGCGGUCGAUCGGAAGGCCCAGGUCCGGCCGGUGUGGAAGAGUAGGCCAAAAACACCCUCUUACAGGAGGGGGAUGGGGGCGCUCCUUCUGGCAGAGACUCUUCCCGCACUGCGAGCCCAGAAGGAGGUCGGCGGCUCUGAAUAUUUUACGUCAAGGAUCUCCCUCCGCGGAAUUCCUCCCUGCGGAUGAUCCCGCAGCGCCCAGCGGAAUGGCGGCGGCCUGCCCCUUGUUUGGCUGUCGUGCAGCUCGAUGAGCCGUGCGUUGGGAUGCCUCUCGCGUCGGUCGCCUGCCACGGCAGCGGUGGAGCCGGUACCCCGAGUUACUUCUUUGCCAAAUCUGCCUCUUAGCCGAUGCGUUCGUGUGUCUCUGUGCGUGUGGUGCGUCUGUGCGCCUCUGUCUGUGCGUGUCUCUGUCUGCGCAUGUAUCUGUCUGCGCGUGGUGUCUCUGUGUGUGUGAUUUCUCUGUGUGUGGUGUCUCU